AUGCCGAAAACCAAGUCAGACGAAAGAGUGGAGGAUGCCAUCGUUCGUCGGAAGGCCAUUCUGACAAAUCUAUCGGAUGUUGAAAGAUUUACGAGGGAAUUCAACGUGGAUCGAGAUGUUGGGCGCCUUCAAGUUCGACAAGAUCUAGUUGAUCGGAUCUACGACCAGUUCCAGAAAACGCAAACCGUCAUCGAGAAGUGGGAUGGACCGGAUCGGCUUGAAAUGCGUUUGGCUGAGAGAUCGACCAUCGAGGAAAGGUUUUGUGAGGUGAAGGCAUUCCUGUUGAACAACAUCCCGGAAAGGUUGAGCAGUUCUACAUCAAUCGAGCCGACUGUUCCAGCCAGCACAGCUAUGUUUCACCUACGCCUGCCCAAAAUAGAUUUGCCGAGGUUCGAUGGUGAUUUUUCGCGAUGGUUGUCGUUCCGAGACACGUUCAAGUCCAUGGUGCACUCGAACCCAGAUGUUCCAGCGGUUGCAAAGCUGCAGUACCUGCUUCAGAGUUUGGAAGGCGAAGCCAAGAAACCUUUCGAGUCCGUGAACGUUGAGGCUGACAACUAUCUUAUAACUUGGGACGCGUUGAUGAAGCGGUAUGAUAACCAGCGGUACCUGAAACGACAGCUCUUCAGGGCAAUGUACGACAUCCAGCCUUUAAGGAAAGAGUCUUCAAAGGAUCUUCAUACGUUGACUGAUGAUUUUGACCGCCAUGUGAAGGCCAUGGCUAAACUGGGUGAGCCGGUAGGUUACUGGGAUACUCCGCUAGUGAACCUACUGUGCUACAAAUUGGAUCCAACGACUCUGCGAGCCUGGGAGGAGAAAACAAGCGACCUGAGAGACAUCACUUACCAAGAGUUGAUCGAUUUCUUGUAUUCUCGAGCGAUGAUGCUGAAGACGAUCGUUUCAGAAGAGCAGCGCAACCUGCAAGCGAUUCCAGCUAGGAUGACGGGAUCCCAACCGAAGAAGGCGUUCCGAUUAGUGGCCAAUCCUGUUGCGUCUGAUCCAAAACCCGAUUUACCCGUGUGUGUAGUUUGUUCGGAACGACACCAUCUAUUUCGCUGUAAGAAAUUCGCAAGUUUUUCUCCCUACAACCGACGGCAAGUUGUCACAUCCCAUCGUUUGUGUUGGAAUUGUUUCAAUUCCGGCCAUUUAUCACGAUCCUGUUCCUCCAGACACACUUGUCGUUUCUGCAAUGGAAAGCAUCAUUCUCUCCUCCAUGAUGCGAUCAAAACCACCAACAUCAAUUCGGUUCCGAAACCAACUUCGCUUUCGUCGAAUCCACCACUCCCAGCUCCACAACGCAGCACCGCUCCUCCAGAUUCAGAUCCGCAACCAUCUACUUCGAGCCAACAAGUUUGUAUGACUGUUCAGGCAACGAACAGUACAGUUUUGCUAGAAACGGUGAUGCUUUUGGUGGUUGACAGUACAGGGAAGGAAAUUCCGGCGCGCGCGCUGCUUGAUUCCGCUAGCAUGUGCAGCUUCAUGACGAAGAAGUUGGCCAACACUCUCGAUCUCCGCCGUUCUACCGUUGACAUUGCCGUUUCAGGGAUUGGUGAAUCAUCCAAGCAGAUCAAGCGCCAGUUAACAGCGAAGAUUCGCUCAACCGUAACAAAGUACGCCACGAAGCUAGAUUUCCUUAUCCUCAAAAGGCCAACAGUUUGCCUACCGACAGUGAGAAUUGAUGUUGCUGCUUGGAAAAUUCCCGACGUUGACCUGGCUGAUCCACAUUUUUUCAUUCCUGCGGACAUUGACCUCAUCGUUGGCGGAGAAGUGUACCAUGAACUUCACGGCGGCAGCAAGAUUUCCCUCGGCAAUGAGAUGCCGACUUUAGUGGAGACUGUUUUUGGAUGGGCUGUAUCCGGAUCGGCUCCGAUAAAUUCCUCCGUAACACCCCGGUUAUGCCAUCUUACGACCAUCGAUCGAGACCUAGAACAAUCCAUCGAAAGGUUCUGGGAACUCGAAUCUCUGUUGCCGUCCCAAGCUCUGUCAGCUGAAGAAAUAAAGUGUGAAGAAGUGUUCAGUGCUACCACCACUCGCGAUUCGUCCGGUCGUUUCGUAGUUAGAUUGCCACUCACUAGUGACCCCCUUGUACGUGUUGGUGAAUCAAGAUCCAUCGCCGAGCGCCGCUUCCAAAGUCUAGAGAGGAGACUUAAGCGAGAUCCUGCCACUCGAGAAGCCUACGUUUGUUUCAUGGCCGACUACGAACGUUUGGGCCACAUGAUCAAGUUGACUGAUCCAGUAGACGACUCUGUCCCCCACUGCUAUCUACCACAUCAUCCAGUCUUCAAGGAGUCAAGCACAAGCACCAAGGUCCGUGUUGUUUUUGACGCUUCGUGCAAGACAUCAACCGGCUACUCCAUCAACGAUAUGCAGUUGGUGGGACCUACUAUCCAGGACGAUCUACUGUCGAUCAUUAUGCGCUUCCGAACCCACCCAAUCGCACUCGUAGCCGACAUUGAAAAGAUGUACCGCCAAAUACAACUGCACCUAGACGACUGUACGUUCCAACGAAUUCUCUGGCGCCAAAGUCCCGAAGAGCCUCUCGCAACGUUUGAGCUGCAGACUGUUACGUACGGUUUCGCUUCUGCACCAUUUUUGGCCACUCGUACGUUAAAACGCCUCGCUGAGAAUGAAGUCAGUCGUUUUCCUGUUGCCACCCCAGUUUUCAAGAGUGACUUCUACGUCGACGUCUGUUUGACUGGUGCCGAAGAUGUCGAUUCUGCCGUUCAACUCCGCCGAAAGGCAUCUGCUCUAGUUGUUUCUGCCGGUUUACCACUCAAGAAAUGGGCAUCCAAUGUUCCUGAAGCGCUUCGUGGUAUUCCUCCAGAAGAUUUGGCUGUAUCCGCAAUCCACAGCCUGCAGGACGAUCAGGAUGUCUCCACGUUCGGACUUGUUUGGGAAACGACGUUGCACCGUUUUCGUAUCCAAUUCCCACUACCAGCGUCGUACCAAGCUGAUUGGAAGGAUUUUCACAGCACGCAAGAUACAACCGUUACGAUCCAAGUUCCUCGCUACGUGUCUUCCGCCAAUGCCACUUUUUACCAUUUGCAUUUCAUCUCGGAAGCGUCGGAGAAGUCCCAUGGAAGUUGCUGCAUGCGGUACUUCCGCUUGUUGAAAGCUGCUGCACGGAAGUCGGAAAAGGACCCAUUCAUGAUGCUAACCACCGCCGAUCUGAAAGAAGCAGCCUUCGUUCUGUAUCGUCUUGCCCAGAAACAGGAUUUUCCUGAGAAGUUAGUCACCCUUGCAUCGACCAGUCGCCUUCCAUCUUCAUCGCAGUUGAAACACACCCGCAUCAAACUGAAUUCAAAUGGAAUUAUUCGAAUUGUUCUGCUCGUGAAACUCCUGCUAUUAAAUCUGUUGGCGAAGUAUUAUCAUGGGAAUUUACUUCACCUCGGCCCACAACUAAUGCUCCCCACGAUCCUUCAAAAACAUUGGAUCAUUGGAGGACGCAAUCUAGUGCGCCGCACAUUCCAUGAACGCCACAAGUGUUUCCGAAGCAGACCGAAGAUGAUCCUGCUGAUGAACGUGGUCAACAAUUGGAGAACCGGUCACCGCAGUUCCUGGAAAUCCGCAAUGAGUAAAGUUGCACUCUAA